UAUAAGGAAGGCAGUUUGCAGCUUACAAAAACUACAGUCACUUACUGCUUUAGCUAUUACUGUUUCUGUUCUACUUGAAGGAUAGAGCUGCCUGACUCCUCCUUGUGUUAGAAAGCAAUACUGUAAACAUGACUCGGGAGUUUGUGCAGAGCAAAAUCAAACCUGAUAAAGUGGCUGUUUUUAUAAAGCCAACCUGUCCUUACUGCCGUAAUGCAAUUAAACUACUCAACAAAUAUUCCUUCAAGAAAGGCCACCUAGAAUUCAUUGACAUCACCACCCAAGAUGAUAUGGAUGGCAUUCAGGAUUAUUUCCAGCAGACAACAGGGGCAAGAACAGUCCCCCGUGUGUAUAUUGGAGAAGUCUGCAUUGGUGGAUAUUCUGAUCUGGUUGCUUUAGAAGAGCAAGGAAAACUCUCGCAAAAGCUAACGCAAAUUGGUGCUCUAUAGUAACAUGAAGGCCAAAAAUGACUGGAAUUUGUGACUGCAUCACCUGCCACCGGAGCCUUAACAGUGACUUUCCUGUUGCCAUCUGAUUUCCUUCUAAAUCUACAAGAGAUGUGGAUAUUGGGCACCUGUUCUUUUGGUGAUGGUAAUAGUGGUGCAAUAUGUUAUAUCCCUUCAUCCUGUCUAGCCCUGGGAACAAACCCAGAAAAUGGUUGGACUUUGCCUAAAGGAAUAAAAUGUUUGCACUAAU